CAGCUCUGGAUCUACCCGGUCAAGUCCUGCAAGGGGGUGCCGGUGAGCGCGGCGGAGUGCACGGCCGUGGGGCUGCGCAGCGGCCACCUGCGGGACAGAUUUUGGCUGGUGAUCAACCAGGAGGGAAACAUGGUUACGGCUCGCCAGGAACCUCGCCUGGUCCUGAUUUCCCUGACCUGUGAUGGUGACUCCCUGACUCUCAGUGCAGCCUACACAAAGGACCUGCUGCUGCCCAUCAAAACGCCCACCACAAAUGCAGUGCGCAAGUGCAGAGUGCACGGCCUGGAGAUCGAGGGCAGGGACUGUGGCGAGGCCGCUGCGCAGUGGAUAACCAGCUUCCUGAAGACGCAGCCCUACCGCCUGGUGCACUUCGAGCCUCACAUGCGACCGAGAAGUCCUCACCAGAUAGAGGACGUGUUCCGACUCAAAGACCGGAUUGCUUACUCAGAUGCCAGCCCAUUCUUGAUCCUUUCUGAGGCAUCAUUGGCGGAUCUCAACUCCAGGCUAGAGAAGAAAGUUAAAGCGACCAACUUCAGGCCCAAUAUUGUAAUUUCAGGAUGUGAUGUCUAUGCAGAGGUAACGCUAUGCCUUUUUGCCUUUUUCUUUGGAUUGAACUUCUUUUUAAAGGAUUCUUGGGAUGAGCUUCUUAUUGGUGAUGUGGAACUGAAAAGGGUGAUGGCUUGUUCCAGGUGCAUUUUAACCACAGUGGACCCGGACACCGGCAUCAUGAGCAGGAAGGAGCCACUAGAAACACUGAAGAGUUAUCGUCUGUGUGAUCCUUCUGAACAAAAGUUAUAUGGAAAAUCACCUCUCUUUGGACAGUAUUUUGUUCUGGAAAACCCAGGGACAGUCAAAGUGGGAGACCCUGUGUACCUGCUGGGACACUGAUGGGAACUGUAUGUCCUGGAAUAUCAGAUGCCUUUAAAAAAUGUCAACAUUUGAAGCACAGUGUUU